CACUGACAUAGACACUAACACUGCUGGAUGUCCGGAGUACUCCCUACAGCAUACACUGCAGACCAGUCAUACACUGAUUGUUCCCUUGCAGGCUGGGGAGAGAUGCUUUGCUAGUCCUCCAGGCGGGGCAGACUGACUGACUGACUGACUACUCCUCCUUCUUACUCCCCCCACCCGUGGCUUUCCCCCGACCACGCCCCCAUCACCAUCCUCCAUCUGGUCGAGUCCCAGCCCCGGCUCUCACUCGACUCGCCUGCUGCCUCGCUAUUUACUAACCGCCGUUACUCCCAGUUCCCCGUCGUGCUUGACAGAUCCAUCUCCCACAAAACAUCUUCCUUCUCCUCCCCCCCCCCGCACCGCCAUGUCCUACAGAUCCUCCCACAUCUCCGCCGCGUCCGCCCCGGGCAAGGUCCUCCUCACCGGCGGCUACCUGGUCCUCGAUCGCCACUACACCGGCACCGUGUUCGCCCUCGAUGCGCGCAUCCACGUCAUUGUCCAGCAGAUGAGGCGGACCUCGCGGGACGCGGAGGAGCAGACGGAGGCCGAGAACAUCAUCGUGGUGCGGUCGCCGCAAUUCGUCGACGCCGUGUGGGAAUACACGGUGCAGCGGUGCGACAACAAAGGCGGCGUCAAGGUGGUGCAGAAGGGCGAUGGCCGCCGCAACCCAUUCGUCGAGACCUCCCUCAGCUACGCCCUGACCUACAUCGGCUACAUCGCCAACUCGAAAGACUUCGGCUCCCUCUCGAUCACCAUCCUCGCCGACAGCGACUACUACUCGGAGACGGCCUUCUCGAAGAUCUCGGGCCUGCAGUCGCCGGGCCGCUUCGUCAACUUCGGCGUGCCGCUGCACGAAGCCCACAAGACGGGACUGGGCUCGUCCGCCGCGCUGGUCACGGCGCUCGUGUCCGCGCUGGGCUUCCACCGCACGCUCCCCACCGAGGAGAUCGGGCAGUCGCGCGACAAGCUGCACAACCUGGCGCAGGCGGCGCACUGCGCCGCACAGGGGAAAGUGGGGUCGGGCUUCGACGUGGCCGCCGCCGUGUACGGCUCGUGUCUGUACCGACGGUUCUCGCCGUCGAUCCUCGAGUCCCUCGGCGACGUCGGCGACCCGGGCUUUGAGGAGCGUCUGUUCGCCAUCGUCGAGGACGUCGACCCCAAGCACCCGUGGGACACAGAGUGUCUGGACUUCGGCAUGAAGCUGCCGCACGGCAUGCAGAUGGUGCUGUGCGACGUGGAAUGCGGCUCGCAGACCCCCUCCAUGGUGCGCAAGGUGCUCGAGUGGCGCAAGCAGAACCAGCAGGAGGCCGAUCAGCUGUGGCGCGACCUGCAGACCAACAACGAGCGCAUCUGUCUCGAGCUCAAGCAGCUCGUCCAGACCCCGGACCGCGAGGCCGCCUCCAACUUCGACGACGUCCGCACCCUCGUCCAGCGCUCCCGCGCCCUCAUUCGCGCCAUGACCCAGAAAACCGGCGUGCCUAUCGAGCCCAAAGUGCAGACUGAGCUGCUCGACGCGAUCUCCGACCUGGACGGCGUCAUCGGCGGCGUGGUCCCGGGGGCUGGUGGCUAUGACGCCAUCGCCGUGCUCAUCCACGACCAGGCCGACGUCAUCCACCGGUUGAACGACUUCUUUGAUGGCUGGGAGAGCAAGGUCGAGGAUGACUUCGGGGGGAAGAUCGGUAAUGUCCGUCUCCUGGGCGUGAGGCAUGGUUCGGCGGGAUUGCAGAUCGAGACCCUGGAUAUCUAUUCGGGGUGGAUUUGAUUUGAUCACUGUAGCUGUUGACUGUGACGGGGGCAUGUGCAUGAACAUGGACACUAAUAAUUAGCGCAAAGCGGGCAGUAAUGAUUAUCCUGGUCUCUGGCAUUUAUCCUAGGUCUAGUAUUUAGUAGCCUCGUUGAUCUAUUUCUACUAUCUAUUAUCUAUAUAAGAGCCAU